UCCUACUCAAUCUCCCAUAAAAAUAACCACAAAGGCUCAUAGAAAUUAAUAAACCUAAAACAAAACCGGUCCUCAUCAAUUCUGUUGCCCAAUAAUAGUAAUUUUCCCUUCUCUGCAGUUUUAACAAUGAGCUUAGCUUCUUCUCCAUCUGCUACAAUGAAGCCUCCAAGAGGAAAGCUACCUUUGUCUAUCAUCACCUUAAUUAUUUGUGGUUUUGCAUUUCUCGCUCUAUUAUAUUCAGACGCUUCCAGGUCUUUUUUCAAGUUUAAAUCCUGUCCUAGGAGAAAUGCUGUUAAAAAGUCAAAGAAUAAAACUGCAGGAGAUAAUCUUAAAAGUUUCGAAAUGGAUGAUAGAUUCGAGUUCGACCCAGAAGAGUGCAGUGUUAAUACUGGGAAGUGGGUCUUUAACAAAUCAUACAAGCCUUUGUAUACAGACAGAAGCUGCCCUUAUUUAGAUUUACAAGUUUCUUGUGUUAAAAAUGGCCGGCGAGAUUCCGAUUACCGCGGCUGGGAAUGGCAUCCGGGUGACUGUACUUUGCCAAGAUUUAGUGCUGAGCUUGCCCUUAAGAAACUCAGAGGGAAGAGAUUGUUGUUCGUAGGGGAUUCAUUACAAAGGGGACAAUGGCAAUCAUUCGUUUGUAUGGUGGAAUGGUUAAUAUCCGAAGACAAGAAAUCCAUGAAACGGGGUCGCUCUCAUUCUGUCUUUAGAGCCAAGGAAUAUGAUGCGACCAUUGAAUUCUACUGGGCACCAUAUCUUAUAGAGUCAAAUACUGAUCUCAACAUCAUAGUAGAUCCAAAGAAGAGAAUAAUGAAAGUGGAUUCAAUCGAAAAGCAUGCCAAACACUGGGGAGGAGUGGAUAUUUUAGUGUUUAAUACUUAUGUUUGGUGGAUGAGUGGUCUAAGGCUCAAAACACUAUGGGGUUCAUUUGAUAACGGAGAAGAAGGGUAUGUAGAAUUAGAUACACCAGUUGCUUACAAAGUAGGUUUGAAGACUUGGGCAAAUUGGGUCGACUCAAAUAUUAAUCCCAACAAGACACGUGUCUUCUUUACUACUAUGUCCCCUACACACACAAGAAGCGAAGAUUGGAACAAUACAGAAGGGAUAAAAUGCUUCAACGAAACAAAGCCAGUAAUGAAGAAAAAGCAUUGGGGAAGUGGCUCUGAUAAGAAAAUGAUGAGUGUGGUGGCUAGUACAGUGGCUAACAUGAAAGUUCCUGUUACAGUUUUGAACAUAACACAGUUAUCGGAGUAUCGCAUUGACGCUCACACAUCGGUAUAUACAGAGACAGGAGGUAAGGUAUUGACAGAUGAAGAAAAGGCCGAUCCAUUACACCAUGCAGAUUGCAUACACUGGUGUUUGCCUGGAGUUCCGGAUACUUGGAACCGAAUAUUUCUUGCCUAUUUGUAGCUGUAACUGAAAGCAAAUGGAAAGAGUUCAUGGGUUUAAAUUUAUUUGAUCAAUUGUACACAUUUAUAUAGCAUCUCUUUUGGGAAUUUUUCUUUGUUUUGUGUCAACGAAAUUCUUUUAAUUGAGUGACAAAUAUAUGUAAAAUGAGGGUACUUCAAAAUUUUUUA